AUAAUUAAGCACAGGUCCACUACCUAGUACUAUGGAUGCAGCGCCUGACCCUCGCCUGGCUAGGCCUUACCAGCGGGCUCCAUGAGCCUCGGAUUUGCACGGGCAGCUCGUCGCGUCUCCGAUCCGCUCCUCAUACUUCUUGUUCCCGUCACCCCUCAAGCCACCAAGUCUGUGCCUCUAUUGCUUCAAAAUCCUUCCUGGUGGCUCUGCUUACUGCGUUCCGUCCCAGCAUCCGUACUCGUCUUGUAAAAGCCAGCACUGCCACCCGCCCUCGACGCUGUGCGUCUGUCGCAAUGCCCGGCGUCGCCCGCAAAGUCAUCAUAUGUGCUGCCAUUGACGGUCUCAUCAUCCAGCCCCUCUCAUCCAAAGGGCAGAGGCCAUCUUUGCCCGUCCGGGUACACUUUGGCGACUCGAUCGUCUCCGCCGUGCCUUGGGACCAGUUGCCCGACGUUUCGAAGCCUGAGUCGUCCUUCGAGGCCUUUGGUGUAAUAGGCUUGAUCACGGUGUCUAAGCUCAGCUAUCUGGUCACUAUUACUCGACGACAACAGGUGGCGCAGAUCUUUGGGUUUCCAGUCUACGUCGUGACAGACGUGGCUGUCACGCCCUGCCACACCCGGACAGACGCCGAGGAGUCCAUCAAACGGACAGCAAGUCAACUACGCGGCCGGUCCGCACAGACAUCGGGCGAUGGCGAGGAGAGCAGCGACGAGGAUGUCGAGAUUCCUAGUGGCACCUCCGACGACAUUGACGAUGCUGCUGCCGCCGCCGACAAAGAGCCACGACCCCAGUCGCAGUCCAAGCGGAGCAGUGUGGCAGAAGACGUCAUGCGCCGGAGAGGGAGCUAUGGGAGGUUCGCGCAAAGCUGGUUCAGUCGUAGUGGGUGGACUAUGGACCAGAGGCGCAACAUGGGAAUGAGCGUCUCUUCACCUGACGUUGAUACGCCCGGUACCACCGACUCGGCAGCAUCUUCCGUUGCCAAGGGCCCUGUCAAAGACGGCAUGGCCGAGCCGGUACCCGUCUCAGCACUGCUCCCAAAGCUUCUGCAGACCGUCAAAGUUCUCUUCGGCUCUUCACGAAGUUUCUACUUCUCCUACGACGUUGAUCUCACACGCAGCCUUGCGCAAGACUCGUUUGUUCCAAGGACGGACGCGCCGCUCUACUCGCAGGUCGACAGCACCUUUUUCUGGAACCGACAUAUUAUGCAACCUUUCAUAGAGACGGGCCAGGACGCGUUGGCUCUGCCGCUCAUGCAAGGCUUCAUCGGGCAACGCACGUUUGUGGUGGACAGUCAACCCCCGCAGCACGAUGACCCGACCGCAGACUCGCUUGAGAUGAGCAGUCUUUCAGCCUCUGGCUCCUUGCCGAGCUCCCCACCGUCCGGCAAGACUCGAGACUCGUUGGAUCUGAGGCCUUCGGAAAGGAAGUGCCUCAUAACGCUCAUUUCUCGGCGAUCGACCCGGCGAGCUGGGCUUCGGUAUCUUCGUCGCGGUGUAGACGAGGCUGGUAACACGGCAAACAUGGUUGAAACCGAACAGAUCCUGUCGUCACCGACCUGGGACGACACCACCCCCAUACAUUCGUUCCUGCAGAUUAGGGGAAGCAUACCGCUCUUCUUUACUCAGUCUGCAUAUUCGCUGAAGCCAGUUCCGGUGUUGCAGCACUCAACAGAAACGAAUUACAAAGCAUGCAAGCGCCAUUUCGAAAAGCUGAUGCGUACGUAUGGAGCACUCCAAGUAGUCAAUCUUGUCGAGAAACACGGAAUUGAAGAGCCGAUUGGGACUCAAUACCAAACGAACAUUGAACGUCUCAACAAUGAAGCAUUGGGCGGCUUGGCGAUACCCUUUGAAUGGUUUGACUUUCAUCAAGCAUGUCGUGGGAUGAAGUUUGAGAACGUCAACCACCUGUUACUCAAGCUUCGGGGCAGGCUGGAGGACUUUGGUAGCACCACCAAGCAAGACGGCGCCGUAUCUCAGAAGCAGAAUGGCAUCCUCCGGACCAACUGCAUGGACUGUCUGGAUCGUACCAACGUGUGCCAGAGUUCGUUUGCAAAGCACAUGCUUGACCUUCAAUUGAGAGAAGACGGGAUUGAUAUGAGCGCCCAGCUCGACCAGGAGACUGCAUGGUUCAACACUCUCUGGGCCGACAACGGGGAUGCAGUCUCGAAGCAAUAUGCCUCAACCGCCGCGAUGAAAGGUGACUACACACGGACGAGGAAGAGAGACUACCGAGGAGCUCUGAAUGACCUCGGCCUCUCGCUCGCUCGCUUCUAUAACGGCAUGGUCAACGACUACUUCAGUCAAGCUGCCAUCGACUUUCUCCUAGGAAACGUCACGGCUAAUGUGUUUGACGAGUUUGAAUCCGACAUGAUGACAAAGGACCCUGCAGUGUCGAUCUCUAGGAUGAGGCAGCGAGCCAUCGACCUGUGUCAGAAACGGGUGGUCGCCGACGCCAACGAGGAGGUUCACGGCGGGUGGGUGCUCAUCAGCCCCAAUGGCCCAGACGUCGUCAAAUCUUGGCCCAUGGAGGACGUUGUGCUGCUUCUUACCGAUGUAGCUCUCUACCUGUGCCGUGUCGACUGGGACCUGGAAAAGGUGUCGUCAUUUGAGCGAGUCCAUCUCGGCAACGUCGUGCACAUCAAGUUUGGCAUGUACAUAACCUCAACUGUCGCACCGGCUCACAUGGACGAGAUGCGAAACGUAGGGUUCGUGGUCGAGUACCAGCCGGGCAAGAGCAACAUCACGAGAACGAACACGCGAACGCUCUCGACACGCGGGGAGAUUGGGCCCAAGUCGAGCUCGCAAAGCAGUGACGGAUCCAGCAGGCAGAGCGGCUUCGCCAACUUCUUCUCCGGCAAGUCUAGGACGCCUGCUAUCCGGAAGCUGGCGUUCAAGGCACCCUACAUGGCGUCGUCGGUGCACGAGUCGGAGGGCGGACCGCAACAGACCGAGCUCCAACAGGUGGUCACGAUAUGCGCCGAAAUUGAGCGCUUAGCACUAGAGCUCCAUUUGCGCAAGGAGGGGGAGGAACCCAAGAGCAUCAUUGAGAAGGGGGACAUCAUUUCGCUGGAGGCGGCCAAGAAGAACACAGGCCUGCUAGAGCAGCUGGGUCACUCGAUCAAGAAGCUGGUGUGGGCAUGAUGAUACCUGUAUACCUAGAUAUACAUUCUUACGUGACACUCGAACACCUGAGCAGGACUUUUUGAUUGACAAACGCAUCAAC